AUGGUUUAUCAAAUUAAAGACACAAUGGAACUGUCGUCAUGCUCGGUGGGUGUAAGAAAGCCACGGACAAAGAAUCCGCCCAUCUGUCCCACCCUCGAGCAUCCCGGUGGCCAGCAACCAGUGUACGGCAAUGGCACGGGCAAUGGUCCGGCCAGAGUGCGCAAGCAACAACCAGACGGUUCUGCCACCGGAGCGCCGGAAUUUUCCAGCCUAUCGCGCGAAGAACGACGCCGUAGGCGCCGGGCAACGCUCAAGUACCGGACGGCGCACGCCACCCGCGAGCGAAUUCGCGUCGAAGCAUUCAACGUGGCGUUUUCUGAGCUGAGGAAGCUGCUACCGACGCUGCCGCCGGACAAGAAGCUGUCGAAAAUAGAAAUACUCAAGCUGGCAAUCUGUUACAUUUCCUACCUUAACCACGUGCUGGACGCUUGA